AUGUCCGUGUCUUACAAACUUGAGGCCGUCACCAUCGACGAUGUCACGGCCGUGGCCCGUAUGAGCGCCGAUGCCUUUAAGACCGACCGCCAGACGCAAAUGAAGGCCCUCGGCAAGGAACAGCCCUUUGAUAUGGAACAGUACACACUGCAGACGCUGCCCAGCACGCUCACGAGCCCCCGCCGCGUCGUGCUCAAAGUCGUCGAUCCCGAUACUCGCCACAUCAUGGGCUAUUGCAACUGGGGCUUCCACGGCUUUGCGCCCGAUGAGAUGCCCGUCGUCCCAGGACGGGCGCCCAAACCGGCCACCACACCGCCGGCAGCGAAAGCAGAUCAUGCACCACGAAAAGAAGACACGCCCCCGGCAGACCCCAUCAAGCGGCUCGAGGCACUGACGGGCGCCGACAUGCAGGCCUGGAUGGACGAGGUUAUGCCGGCCAACCCACCAGAUGGACCGCCCAAGGUCCGCUGUCUUUUUGUCAUUGGGCUCACCGUGUCACCGCAGUACCAGGGCCGCGGUGUUGGCUCGGCGCUCUUGCGGUGGGGAACGGACCUCUGUGACGCUCACGGGGUCUUCGCCUGGGUCCACUCGUCGGAGCCGGCAUGGAAGAUGUAUGCCAAGUCAGGCUUUGAAGUUAUUCGGUCACUGGACGUGGAUCUUGAUGAAUAUGCACCGAUGCCGCCGCCCGCUGCAGAAGGCCCUGGGGCGGUUUGGGGGCAUUACAUUUUUCGAUAUAUGAAAUACCUUCCCAAGGGAGGUGACAAGAGAGACAAUUAG